AUGGCAACAUACGAAAGAAUCGAAAUAGAAUUAGAGAAGGCAAGAGGAGAUUAUGAGAAGGCGGAGAAGAAUUUGCAGACGUUUGAAGAAGGAGAAGACGAUGGGAAAUGGCUAAAGGAGUUGAGGAAUAAGGUGAGAAGAAGCAACAUUAGUGAAGAGGAGAAGAGGCAGCUGGUAAGACUGGAGGAAGAAAAAGAAAAGUUGGAAACGACAAAGAUGAAGUGGGAUGACCAGGUGAUAAAACUGCAAGCUAAGUUAGUUGAAUUCAAUAAUGAAAAAGAACAGGAUAAGGACCGACGCUCAGUAAAUCUGAAUAAAUUUUGGAAAAAUUUAAAGGAUGCGAAGAUUACUGUACCCGGAAAUUUUCUCCAGCUCCCCGGGAACACACAUUUUUUAGGAGAACCAUUAGAACCAACCACCAUAUACAUCCGUAGGUGCUAUCGAGACCUAGCCGAUAUUGCUUUUAAUAGGGAAAUACAAAGAUUGCGUAUCACCGGAAAUCCCGGUAUUGGAAAAACAUUGUUCGGCUAUUAUUUGCUUUAUCUACUUGCAAUAGAAAAGAAAACGAUUAUAUACGACAACAAUGCUACGGAUGAUUGGAUUGUUUUUGACAAAGAAGAAGUCUUUUAUAUUGACGACAAAUCCGUUAUUAAACAAUACCAAAGUAACCCCGAAGUUUGGUAUAUCGUGGAUGGCAAAGAACCAAAGAGAGUUAAUGCAAAAACAAUUCUUGUCUGUUCGCCCAGGAAAGAUCAUUAUAGAAACUUUGAUAAGUAUAUUGGGACGACGAUACGGUAUAUGCCUGUUUGGACAUGGGAAGAAAUCAAUAUAUGA